AUGGUGGAUGUGGCCGAGCUUGAGCGUGCCGUGCUUAUCGCCUUUCAGUGUGCAAGCGCGGACGUUGCUGACCAGCCAACAAAGACGCUUAAACUGCAGGCCGAGAGCUUUUGCGCUGCCGUUAAAGCCCAGGAAGACGGCUGGCGAGCUGAGCUGCAGCUUUUCGAGCAGUCGGAGCACGAACAGCCCUGGCCAUCCGUCGCGAUUAUCCAUACUGCUGGCCAACGGCCUUUACUGAACUAUUGGCGCUGCUACCACGAGAGAACGCAACAAGAGGCCGCACACAACAUGAAGAUCAAAGAUGCAAUGCGUGAAGGAUCUUCAAUGAGAGAAAGCUUUGAUGCGAUUGCGCGUGUAUUAGUGAAUGCAGACGCAAGUGAUGUCAUGCGUCAGUUAAGUACAAGCGCACUUGAAACACUAAAAAAGUACAUUAGUUGGGUAGAUAUCGGUCUCGUGGUGAAUGACACGCUGUGGCCAUUGCUGGUUAAAUUGUUGCGUGAAAGUGUUACGUUUCGAUGUCAAGCAGCAAACUGCAUGUUCGAAAUCAUUGAUAAAGGAAUGACACCUGAAAAAAAGUUGUUACUUUUGCAGCAACUGCAAAUUCUUGACAUGCUAGCAGCUUUGCCCAUUCAUGAAGAAGAAGAAUUUGCUGAGGAAAUUGGCGAAGUAAUUAAUGCUGUUGGAAUGGAGCUCGUAACUUGUGUGGACGCAUUUCGUCAAACGAAUCGAGCUGACUUACUACAAACCGCUGGAUUGAUGUUGUGUCGAUUGAUGCCGCUAGUGUGGGACCUUUUUGCGCAUGAAUCCAAGGAUGUUUCGGAAGAAGUGUUCGAAAUUGUUAAUACAGUCGGGGGCGCAAUGCUUCGUACUGAGGCGAAGACCGCUGACAGCGCUGAAAGUAAAGCGGAGGUGUUUCGACCAUCCGCGUAUAUUCCGCAGAUUCUGCAUGGUAUUUAUCGACAAACUCGAUUUCCCGAAGACUCAGACUCGGACGUAGCAGAAUUUGAGGAAUACCGACGCAGUUUAUACACAAUUUAUUUGAAUAUUGUGCGCCAGCGUCCGCAUGAUACACUAAAUUUUCUCACGAAUCUGUCGCAGAGUUUACCGGGACAGUUUGCGGUUAUUGAUCCGCGAAACCUCGAGAGUUUUCUGUCACUGGUCUACAGAUUCAAAGAAGGAAUCGCACCCUUGAAAGCUGUCGCUGCUCCAUUUUACGAACCAAGUAGCUCGCUAUCUCUUAUGAGCGCACAAAUUUAUCGCAGCAUGCUUUUUGCAGUCAGCAGCGGAUGUGUCUUGCACUCGGCCGUGCUACUUAGUUACUAUGACUUUGCUGUGCGAUACAGCAAUGUUUUGCAGAACGAGUCUUCAUUAAUUCCAGCCGUACUAGAUAUGAUGUUUGGUUCCUACGGACUUGCACAUUUCGAUGGCCAAGUGCGCUCUCGUGUCUGCUAUCUGUGCUUGCGUUUUGUCAAAGCUAUCGGUGCCUCACUUUAUCCUCAUGCGUCUGGUAUUUUGGCUGCGUUGCAGCCACGUCUUGCGAUUGCUCAGGAGCGUCAAGAUGUUGCUACUAAGCGGUUGCCAACAUUUUUAGCUCACGAUGACCAGCUGUACUUGUUUGAGCUCGCGGGACAAAUAAUUGCUUCGCUUGUGCUGCCUCCAGAGAAAACAGGCAUGAAUAUUAAGCAGCUCCGAUCUCGAUACACGAUCGCCAUAUUGGACCCACUAUUACAAAGCCUGAACAUGACAUUAAACGAGUUGGUGAAGGGUGCAAUAACGGAUGAAGAUUAUGUGACGGAGCACUGCGCUUUUAAUCUGAACGCAAUCGCUCACGUACUGAAGGCUUUUAAAAGCACCGACUGCAUAGACAAGCAACAAAAUACGCUCAUACAGGUGCUUACAGCCACAAAUUGCGUACUGCGCGCAUUCUCCCGGUCGCCUUGUGUGCGCUCAAAGGUUAUUUUUACCUUGCACCGAUUGAUUUCAGUGCUCGACCGUGCACACUUUUUGGGGAAUGUACAGGAUACGCUGCAAACCUUAAUGCUGGGUUGUGAACAACCCGAAGUGGUGGAGAUUGUGCAGCUAGUGGACCAACUAAUAAUCAAGUACAAGCAAGCGUUUGGUGGAUUCUUGGACAAGACAACGUUGCCCUUCAUCCAGCAUUUGUGUACGUUGAUGCCGCAACGCAGUGCGUUGCCAAACAGUAAGACGAAAGACGCUCCACAGCUCGAGCGAGAGGCCACACAGAAAUAUCUGUACACAUUCAUUUUGCACCUGGUUACGCACGGCUUGGAUGCGGUGCUGAUCAGUGCUCAGAAUGUCGCACAGCUGGAACAAAUGAUUCGUCUUGUCCUUGAGGGCUGUGCCGAAGUUGAAGACGCCAACAUAAAUCGUGCGUGCUUUUCGAUCGGCAGUAUGCUAGUUGAACGCUGGCUUGGCAACGGAAUGGCUCCCUCUCCUGCAAGCAAGGCGUCCGGUACGACCGACGUGGUAAAAUCUGCUGCGACUGUGGCUCUGCGUGUCGAACUUCAUGCUGCGCUGUCGAACGACGGCAAGACACGAUUUACGCAAAUUGCAGUACGGGACUUUACGCGCGCCAUGUUCGCUGUGACGAAGCUACGCCACUUUGACAUCGACGAUAUGCAAAUCAAUUUGGUAAUCAAAGAAAUUGUAAAUAUGCAGGCCGUUUUGUUGAGCUCUUUGGGCAUCGAGUACCUGGCGUUCCUACGUGAUGUGUUUCUACCAUCACUGGGAUGUCCGUCCGAAUUGGCGGGUCCGUACAUCGAGCAGGUGUCUACAGGAGAUCGCAAGAAGAUUUUAUUGGCCUACAAGGCAUUGAUAAGCAAGAUGAAAUGCUUAUGUGGCUUCAUACCAUGUAUUUGUGUUGAUGGCGCCGAAGAUGCCGUUGAUGUUGUGGAAGAAGCCUACAAUUCCGACUUAGUCAGUGAUGCCAAGUUAAAAACAGCGAAGCUGCGUUUGCUCUUUGCAGCAGAUGCCACUUCACCGUGUGUGAGCUGCAUGAUGCUGCCAUGUAUUUGUCCAGCCGAAGACGACGUGGACACAGUGCCAUUUGAUGACAGCGUGAUUACAUCAAACUCUGACAACAGUUCAGAAGCUUUAAUCGAAGAAAUGGAUGAGUGUGGGCGCGUGCGGCUUGGUACGAAUGCCACGAUUUGUCUUGAUGGGGAAAAUAAGGAAGAUAUCUGGAUUGCAAAAGAGAUCAAAGCUUUGCUAAAACCUCAUCAAGCAGAAGGCGUGCUGUUCCUUUACUCGCAUUUGGCUGCUGGCCGCGGAUGUAUUUUGGCCGACUAUAUGGGAUUAGGAAAAACAUUACAAGUUAUCACGGUCAUUUACUCAUUUAUCAUUGACGAAAUCGAUGCUCGCAAACAACGCAACAAAAAUUCGUGUCUAGACAUGACGGACAAGAUAAAUGAUUCCGACAAAGCUCACGAUGAUGUCGAGCCUUUGCCAUCAGUAUUGGUGCUCUGUCCGGCGAUCUGUUUGCCGAAUUGGGAGGCUGAGUUCAAUAAAUGGCUGAGCGCAGAGUCACGUUCUCGCUGUCCUGUGUUGUUGUUCGAUUCUUCCACAACAAAAGGCACUUCUGCAGGCCGAAUGCGACUGCUACAGCGCUGGAAGGGUUCAGGCGGCGUCCUUCUUAUGGGUUACGAGAUGUUUCGCGGUUUGUUGAACCCAACAACGACGCCAAUAAGCUGUACAACCGAGCGCGAGACAUCUAUUCAGGUAUGUUCACGAAUGGCCUCAGACACGAUAGAAUUUACUAGUUUUUCAGCACAAGAAAUGGCCAAAGUUCAACGCGCUGCACGCCAGUACCGGCAGUUGCUGAGUUCUCCAGGCGCAGACCUUGUCGUCAUGGAUGAAGGGCACCGCAUGAAAGAUCCAACCUCUUUGCUUUGUCAGAGUGUGGCUCAAAUUCAGACACCUCGACGUCUAGUACUAACUGGAUACCCUGUCCAGAAUUCGCUGUCUGAAUACUGGUGUAUGGUCAACUUUGCGCGAGAAAGGUUUUUGGGCAGCUACGAAGACUUUCGCACAAAAUACGAGCGACCUAUUUUAGAAGGUAAUUUGACACGCUCAAAAGAACUGAUUGAGCGGUUGCGGAGUGUUGUGCUGCGUCGAGGCAAGAAAUUGCUGCGUUCUCAACUACCGCCUAAAAUGGAGUGGAUCUUGUUUUGCAAACUCUCACCAAUGCAGCACCGUUUGUAUUGCAGUUUCCUCGACUAUUACGAGAAUGUUCGGCAAACGGGCGGCGCGGCUGUCGAUUUGAUGACAGCGUACGCCGCUCUACUGCAGGUGAUGAACCAUCCCGAUAUUAUUUACUCAAAAUUGUGUCCUUCAGAGGGAGGGCCCUCUUUGUUUUCGGCGAGAGACGAAAGCUUCGACAUUUCGCCAUCGGCAGACGAUCUGAGCGGCUGGACGUGGGAAAGCGAAGAGUGUUUGAUGGGAAAGCGUCAGGUUGCUGCCGCUCAGACACUCAAAAAGCGGCAAAGGCUCACGGCCACGCAUAAGUCGUACGAGUGGGCGCGCUCUGUAAUCUGUGGCUUAAGCAAACAAGCAGAGAAGUUUUCGAAUGUUUUGCCUGCGGUGACAAGUCCAUUGCUUGAUCUAAGUGGUCGAAAGCACAUGAUGGAAAGCGGAUCAAAACCCCAAAAAACUGCUUCGCGUCCGAGCCGCGAUCCUGCUGGGAUAUCACGUAAGCGUUGUGGUGCUAAGGUUCGCAAGCGUACGACUACCGUCGCAGCGUCAAGUGCAUUACCCGUUGAGUGGUUUUUGCAGAUCGACGGCAGCACAAAUAGCGUCAAGCGUAUGGAAUACAUUCAGCGAUUCAGCAUGGCGGAUUCUCCUGUGAAGCUGCUAUUGAUUUCAACACGUGCUGGUGCAGAAGGCAUCAAUCUUCACGCUGCAAAUCGAUUAGUGUUGUUCGACGUGAGCUGGAAUCCUUCGAAUGAUCACCAGUCAAUGUGCCGAUCACAUCGUAUCGGACAAGGAAAAACGGUUCACGUAUAUCGACUUGUUAGCACGGGCACGAUGGAGCGCAUGAUAUAUGAGCAACAGAUAAAAAAGGUUAACUUAUCAACUUCGGUAGUGGAUAGCCACGAGAGUGUGGAUACUGAAAAGAACGCAGCGGAUGCUCCCAGAAAGUUAUUCGUCAAGGGUGCAGCACUAAAAUCAGUGCCUUAUAGCGGCUUCCUUCAGCCUCCCAUUGAGACCAACAACGAGCUUGUAGUUGACAAUGAUAUCACCAGAGAUGACAAUGUCGUGGCUACAUGUAUCAAGCGGCUUAGUAGCUGGCUCGUUGGCGUCCACCUUGCUAACGAGCCUACACACGAUGAUGAGAAGAUUGGUAGUAUUUCUUGUCAAUAA